AUCGAUAGUAAACAGAUGACAGGUUGCAAACAUACACCACGUGUGUCGCGUGAGGUCACUGGAAACUACAAACGUGGGAUGUGUUUGGGUAGUGAGAUGUGAAUAGCGACGAAAUGCUGGACCGCGUAGUUUCAAAAUUAUCACAUCGAAACACACCGUCGCACUAACGAAAAGAAAGUGACGAUUAUAUUUCGAAAGACUUAUGAGUUGCCUGACAAGAAAUAUUAAGAAUUGGGAUUAGUAAAAUGUCUGGCGAAGACGACAAUGAAGAAUUGGCUUCCUCGGAGCUUGGAACGAUUGAAUACUGGGACAAAACGUAUUCAACAGAGAUUCAGAAUUUUGAAGACCAUGGUGACAUAGGAGAAGUCUGGUUCGGAGAAGACAGUGCAUUGAGGGUUGUCAGGUGGUUAUGUGAUAAUCCAGCAGUGAAAAGAGAUGACAGGAUUUUGGAUGUUGGCUGUGGCAAUGGAAUGUUGCUCAUAGAGUUGGCUCGUGAAAAGUUCUGUGAUCUGACAGGCAUUGAUUACUCCCAGAAUGCCAUUGAACUAGCCAAUGCUGUUGCAAGAAAGCAGAAUAUUGAUAUUAAAUACUAUGUCUGUGACAUGUUGGCAAAUUACGACGAGCUAAUUGAGGGUGGCACAUUGCUGAAAGAGUAUGACAUUGUUUUAGACAAAGGUACAUAUGAUGCAGUUAGUCUACAUCCUGUAGAUGCUAAGAAAAAGAGAGAAAAAUAUAUUGAAAACAUCCACAGGAUACUGUCUCAAACUGGAAUGUUUGUUAUAACAUCCUGUAAUUGGACACAAGAUGAACUAAUUUCUCAUUUCAAAGCAAAAUUUGAACUCCUUGAUAUCAUCCCAACACCAAAAUUUCAAUUUGGUGGGAAAACUGGCAGCCUGAUCACAUCUCUCGUUCUUCGGAAAUGCUAAAUAUUGUGCCUGUAAAAAUGUUUGCAGUGAAUUUGAUGCUUUUUUUAUGUUUCUAUUAAAAUAUUACAAAGACAAGUAAGAAUAUAAAGCAAUUUCAUGCAUAUGUAAUGGAUGUUAUAAAAAUUCUUUGUGCAAUUAUUUCUUCUUAGUAACUUUAUUUUUAAACAUUUGCUUGACAAUAAGAUGUUCCUUAGUUGAUUUGCUGUUUAUUUUAAGUGUAUGUUUACUUAUUGCUGUAACGUUACAUGUGUUUCAUGUAUUUGUUGUAUCACACAAUUUAGUGAACAAAAUAUUGUUAUUCAUUGUAAAUGCAAGUUAUCAUUGAGUGGACAGCAAGGUGAGGUAGUCAGUACAGAACUUGUACUUUUUAAGCAGAAAUUUUUCUGAACACAAUUAUCUCCCUUUUGUAGGCAAUUCACUCUGAUAAUGGAAUACAUCUUUCAGAAUUUGAGUCCUGGUCUGGCACACAAUGUUCAUCACAGCAUGUACCCAAUUAAAUGAUAAAAAUAUGUAAUCCCAUAAGAUUUUCUUUCUUUAACUGAAUGUGAAAGGCAAAAAUGAAAUGCUUCAUAAUUUUCUCUAACUGAAAGCAAAAAGUGUAUGUAGUUAUGCUCUUACUCACCUAUUUAUAUCUUAAUACAUGCCUUUUCCCAUCCAGUCUUGCCCUGUACUCUCCCUCCCCCUCCCCCUCCCAUCCCAUCCCACCUCUCUCUCUCUCUCUCUCUCUCUCUCUCUCACACACACACACACACACACACACACACACACACACACCUUUUCUUAUUGCAACUGUGAAGAAAAGGAAUAUUUAACUCCAUACUUUUAGACAUUCAUCUUGUUUCUUUUUAGCUUGAUCAUGUUGUUGCCAGUCUUGGACUAAUUUUUGUACACUCUAGGGCAUAGCGAAUGCAUUAAAGUGUCGGAAAUAUAUGCACCUCCAUACACAUUAGUGUGUGUCUGCAAAAGAGUUUUCGUAGUUCACUGCAAUAAUUUUUGUUAUUUAGUUCCUCUUUAUUUGGACAAUUUAAUAUAUGCAGUCUCAAAGUGAAUAGUAGACUUCUAGGAGAUCCCUGAUACAACAUAUUUAACACAGUUUAUACAGUCGCUGCUAAAAAUAUUGUGAUUACAAAAUCAAACUCUCCUGUUUGCAAGUAGUUUUAUAGGCAAAUUAUUUUGCUAGUUUGUACACAUUUAGAGUGAAACUUAAUCCAGUUGAAUGGAAGUAGAUAAACUUUGUAGUGAAUAUGUGACAUUUGUUCUGUUAUCAAUCUCAGGAGACAUGUUAUUGCCUUGCAAUAAUUAACUCAGGUAUUUACUGUAGAAAACUCUUGUUGUCAGAUUGUUGCAGUGUUGUGAAUAUACUAUUUAUUUCUGCAGUUUUGCCUGUAGCUUAUUCUGCACCAUAAAGUGUCUUACAUAAAUGCAGACUGAAAAAGGCUGCACAUUAUUUAUAUAAAAUGGCUGUUAACUUAUUACCACAUGAGCCUUUUUACAGUAUUCUACUUUUUUUAUUAUAUGUAGAUUUCACUAAAACUAUUUUGUACAUGUUUGUGACUAUCUGUAAUGUUCUUUUUCAUAAAUCACAAAU